UGAUGACCUUAGACGCACGCUGUUGCCUAGCGACCGUAAAGACAGUUUAGAACAGCGACCGAGUUACCGACUGCGAGUAACGGUGACGGAGGAACCGGUAUAAGGGCUGUGUAAUGACUGUAUAGUCAUGGUGCAAUCGACUUGGUACCAGCACUGCACCACUGAUACUGGACGCCUAGCUACGAGAAUGGAAUUCGAAACCAGAACUCCUUGCCCUGUUUCUCGGUGAAGCAAACACCUUGUGAGUAGUGCAACAUCUUGUGGACACUGGCUGACAGUAACAUUUGCAUUGAAUCAUGUCGUAUCAAUCUGGAUCAGAAGACCUAACCAAGUCAUUGGUCUUUCGUCUCCAUGAAGGCACACCUGAAAUUGUGCGUCAUGUUCUCCUUGAGCGUGGUUGGGUGGAAUUUAAUGAGGAAGAACAGGAUGAAAAUGAUUGGAACUUGUAUUGGCGAUCUGGUUUUUCUAAUGCGGACUAUGAAAACAUUAUGCCUUGGCAAAGAUUGAUCCACUACCCAAAAAUCAUGGGUAUAACUCGAAAAGACAAUCUUGCUCGUAACUUAAAACGUAUGUCAGGGGUUUAUGGCUCUACAACAUAUAACUUUAGCCCUAUAGCUUUCAUUCUCCCCAAUGAUUAUACCAAAUUUGUCGCUGAGUAUACGAAAGACAAGAAGGCAAAUGGUGGAAAGCUUGGAUACUGGAUAUGCAAGCCUGUUGAUCUCUCUCGUGGUAGAGGAAUAUUUAUAUUUCAAGAUAUUAAAGAUUUGACUUACAGCUGUUCUGUUAUAGUACAAAAAUAUAUCAGCAACCCUCUUCUCAUCUCUGGUUACAAAUUUGACUUACGAGUCUAUGUUUGUGUCACUAGUUUCUGUCCAUUGAUGGUUUAUAUUUAUCAAGAAGGUCUGGUGCGAUUUGGGACAGAAAAAUAUAAUCUUGCGUCUUUAGAUAAUGUGUAUGCUCAUUUGACAAAUACCAGCAUCAAUAGAUUUGGACCUUCUUACACGGUGGAUAAAGAACGGGUUGGUUCUGGUUGCAAAUGGACAAUGAGUCAAUUCCGUGCUUUUUUGCACAGUCUUAAUAUAAAUGAACCACUCAUGUGGCAGAGAAUAAGCAAUAUUGUGACAAUGACUUUGUUAACAAUUACUCCCUCCAUUCCAUCCCCUCCUAACUGUCUUGAACUAUUUGGUUUUGAUAUCCUAAUAGAUGACAACAUAAAGCCAUGGCUUUUAGAAGUAAAUUAUAGUCCAGCACUAAUGGUAGACUGUAAUGCUGAUGUAAUAGUGAAGAAAGGGCUUUUAUAUGACCUCAUUGAUCUGCUGAAUUAUAAAGAGGUUGAUAGAUUGCGCCAACGUGGUUACCCAAGUCCCUGGCAAUAUAAUAUACUUUCUCGGAGCCAUCCUUCUUUUUAUGUGACUAACUCAUUUGGAAAUGUACUGCCUCUUCACUCCAACAGUUCUAAAAAAGCAAAAGAAAUUUGGUCCAGUACUCAAAAUAAUUCUCUAUUAGUCUAUCGUAAAAGUUGUAGUCAAUCUAAUGGGUACAACCAAAGUGAAGACCAAGAGAUGGAUUCCCAGAAAGUAGAAGAAGAGAACAAAUCAUCCUGCACCAACAAACAGCAGUUCUCUCAUAUGCCACAUUCCACUGGGGAAGAUUCUGGGAAAAAUAUCAAGAAGGUGUAUGGUUCUAGUGGUGCUGUGUCUGUCUGUUGCUUGAACGCUAAGGAAUGCACAAAGAAUGUGAAGCCCACUAGAUCACUGCCAAAGAAAACAUUGACUUCACAGAUGAGGGAAAAGAUGAACAGAAGUUAUUUACAUACACAGAUGGGCAGAAUAAUGUUGCUAGAAGCAAAAUCUGGACAGUCUGCUGGGUAUUUUCGUAAAAUAGGCCCGAGGUUUCCUUCUGUUGAUCUCCAAAGAUACAAACUAGCAUCUUUUCCUCAGUACAGUCUUUCAGAAGUUGAUAAGAAGCCUAUGAGCCGCAUUGGUGACUUUAUACUGACGUUUCCUUUUAACGAAAUAACAUUAAAGGCUUCUCGGGACCUGAUAAACAUAAGGAUAAUAAUGCAGGAAUUGCAGAAGAUGCUGAAGAUAUUACAGCAACCAAAGAGUGCAAGAAGAAAAAGCGAGCCCCAUCUGUUUGGCUUUUCUAAUAGAAAAGAAUGUUUUGGUUCUUUUCUGUGGGGUCCACGGAAUCCUCCGUUGAUCAGUGAAUGCUGCUUUCAAAAUUAAAUAAUUGAACUUUUUGUUUUAACCUUAGUUACUUUAAUUUUAUAAAUGAAGAUAUUAAAUUCUUCACAAAUGGAAUUAGAGUUCUUGGGAUAACUUAUUUAUGAUUUUUCAUUAAAAAUAGUUUACACGUAUUGGUUUAAUUUAUUUUUAUCUGGAAACCGAACUACCCGUUGGGUGCUAUUGAACCAGUUACCACAAGUGAUAGAAACAAAUUUUAGUUUCACACAGUACUACAUGAUAGUUGUUAACAGGAGAUGGCUAUUGUGCUAUGCAGUAAGUGGAAUAAUAAUGUUCUGCUUAUUUACAAUUAAUGUAAUAUAAUGCACUUUAUGAGCAUUUUCUGAUUGUUAUUGCAGUAAAUUAGUGGAAAUCCAACCUUUAAUCUGCUUCACUGCUUGUCUAACUUUGGCUGUAUGACUCAUUUCUUACAACAGCUCUCAGGAGUGGUUAAUGAAUUUUAUUAAA